AAACUGUACGAUCGUAUGCGUGGCACCAGUGAAGUGUGAAGUGUUCCGAUUUGACCCCGCACUUGCCUGGCAGUUUUCAUGUAUUUACCACUUUCUAAUAAGAAACGUUUAUUAAAAUCGGAAAAUGUCUACAGACGUUUAUGAGAGUGUCUUGUGCGUCAAGCCAGAGGUUCAAGUUUUCUCAAGAAUUCCGCCCAGAUCAAGUAACAGAGGCUUCCGAGCAUCUGAAUGGAAGUUAGACAGUCCAGACUGGACCGGGCGGCUUCGGAUCGUCGCUCGAGGAAAAGAUUGCAUCAUCAAACUGGAAGACAAAGCAGGUGAAUUGUUUGCUGAAGCACCUAUAGAAGCCUACCCCAGUAUAGCAGUGGAGGCGGUGCUAGAUUCCAGUCGCUAUUUUGUCAUCAGGAUAUCAGACGGAGGUCGAAAGGCAUUUGUAGGCAUCGGUUUUACAGAUAGAGGCGAUUCGUUUGACUUCAAUGUAGCACUGCAAGACCAUUUCAAGUGGAUCAAGCAAUCUAAAGAAAUAGAAGAACAAGAAAAAAGUGCAGCGAAAAACCCGGGUCCGAAACUCGACCUUGGCUUCAAAGAAGGCCAGACUAUCAAAAUCAACAUCGGGGGCAAGAAAACAGGUGCAACAUCAUCCGCAAGACCCAGGAGUACAGGGGGCGGCGUGGCAGCCCCAGGACUCCUUCCCCCACCCCCAGGGGUCAAAAUCCCCACCCUAACCCCACCGGGUCAAAGUGCAACGGUACCCCAGUCAUCAGCAGGGGGACAGAAUGUUCUAGGGGGCUUCGCUCCCCCGCCCACGCAGCAACAGCAGCAGCCGAUAUCCAACAAUAGUUUUGGCUUUACAGGUGGCAAUAACCAACCGCAGAGCAAUUUUGACCUACUAGGAGAUUUUGGAGGGGCACCCAUGUCACAACCCGCCACGCAACCCAUGACACAACCCCAGACACAGCAGCCCCAGGGGUCAACAGACUGGGGGGAUUUUACGAGUGCACAAACUGGAAGCGAUAACCCUGGCUGGGUGACAUUCUGAGACCACAGCGAUAGCCAAUCAGAAACAAGAUAACAAAGUAGUUGGAGCAGCUCAACCAAUCACCUUAGCCUCUGUCACCCCCAAGUAGGCAAUAGAGUUACGCGAUUGGUCAGGAAGGAUCCCUGUGGGAGGAGCCAAAGCUUCCAUGGUAACUAGCAUUAUAAACCCCUCAUCCAAUCAAAUCUGUCGUUACUGACAGGUUUGGUACACUAGCUCCAGUAACGCGAGAUGUUAUUGGCCAGAGCAGAUUUAUAUACAAGAAUCUGUCCCAAUUGAUGUCUAUAUUUAUUAGGAAUGGUUGAUUGGUGUAAAGUUUUGUGUCAUUUAUCGCAAGAAAAAAAGGCCACAGUACAAAAAUACCUUUGCGAAGUGAAAUAUUGUACAAAAUGUAACAUAACUGGAGGAUGAUACAGAAACACGUAGGCUUUUUUUUAGUUUCCAAAGAAAUCAGACUUUAUCAAGAAACUUUUGCAAAAAAAAAUCACUCAGUCUAUAGAGGAACUCAUGGCCAAUCGUCAUGUGAUUUUCUUUUAAUAAAAAGCAAACCAACGCUAAAACGUAAUCCAUUUAAGUGGCAAAUUUAAUGAGAAGCUUAAACUACAUUCCAUUUUUUCAAACCACAUUGUCUCUGACUCAUGUAGGCUGCAGUAGCCAAUAAAAACAGUUCGUUCAUGACACAUGACUAUUUGCAUAGAAAGGCCAUGAUGGUUUGGCCAAUGGAAGCACAUAUCUAGAUCAUGAAUAUGUAUGAUGUACAGCAUAAACAAAUAAUAUCAAAACCAUAUCCUGCCAACCAUGGCAGUUUGGCCAAUGGCAGCAUAUUACUAGAUCAUGAAUAUGUAUGAGGUACAUGUGCAGCAUAAAGAAAUAUAUACCCACAUCAGUCCAUGUGAAUGUGUCCAAUGACAAUGCUUAGCUAGAUCAUGAAUAUGUAUGACGUUUGGUAUUCAUUCAUACUUAACUCAUCCACUCAUACACAAGCCAUACAAAUUGUAUAUAUUUGAAGCCGAAGUUGGGUGAAAGUUUGAAGCUAUGUAUACAUGUAAGAUAACAGAGAGAAUUCACAUUAUAUAAGGGAAGACUGUUUUGUGAAAAGUAGAGAAAUGAAUUUGAGAAAAGGGAAAGUAUUCACACGUCUUCGUGCACGUUAUCAAUUUCACGGCACCCAUUAUUUUGUGUGGCAGUCACUAUAUAAGAAUAAACCAUUUGUAAUCAUUUGUACUCCAAACUUUGUUUGGCAAAAUGUUUCACUGCCCAAUGGUAACAACUACAAUUUUCUUUCUACAUCAGACACGGUGAAUAUUACAAAGUAUAAACGAAUCAGGCAGCAGCCAUUUUGUACGGUUUUGCAAGGCUUGCGCGAGUCGCGCUCAGGUACCGUAGUACGCACGCACUUCGGGCUCCUUCGGCCAAUAGGAAUACCAAAAUGUGCGUGCGUCUCGUCGUGCAGCAGCCAUUUUGUAUGGUUUUAGGCUUGCGCGAGUCGGGCUCAGGUACCGUAGUACGCACGCACUUCGGGCUCCUUCGGCCAAUAGGAAUACCAAAAUGCGCGUGCGCCUCGUCUUUAAGAACGCGUGCAGCAUGUGUGUGAGCGUGACACCACCGCAGUAAAAGCUUCUAAUUCUGGUCGCUGGAUUCCACUUUUGCCUCCCGAAACAAAGACAGCUAGUUUGACAAACGUAUAGCAUUUCAUUGAAUGGUUGUUACAUUUGACGGCAUCAAGUGCAUCCAUCACUGCAUAAAAGUGGGCCCACAAUGCAAUAGGUUCUACCACGUCUUUCAGUUUGUGGCCCAUGAUCACAAUGGCAAGCCUGCUAAGGCUGCUUCCAGAAUGCACAUUUUAUUCAAUGGAUUCAGUGUGGUAAGUCUACAUCAAGUCUUAAGAUGGAAUUUGCUUUGGGCUGAUGUAAAUUCAACAUUGGGUUUUGCCCUUCA